GGAUUCUGAGGCUAACAAAACAUAGACUCCUUGGACUGCGCCACAUGCUGAAAGCCUAACCUGGCAUAUCCAGAAGUGCUGUGAACUUAAUUGGAGCUACCUCAACCAGAAAGCUGUGGACAGGGCCCAGAAGUUUUUUUAAAGAAUAAAAUGUCUAAUGGUUAUGAAGACCACAUGGCCGAAGACUGCAGGGAUGACAUUGGGAGAACAAAUCUAAUUGUCAACUACCUCCCUCAGAACAUGACCCAGGAGGAACUACGAAGUCUGUUCAGCAGCAUUGGUGAAGUUGAAUCUGCAAAGCUUAUUCGAGAUAAAGUAGCAGGACACAGCUUGGGCUAUGGCUUUGUGAACUAUGUGACUGCAAAGGAUGCAGAGAGAGCAAUCAGCACACUGAACGGCCUGAGGCUCCAGUCAAAAACCAUUAAGGUGUCAUAUGCUCGCCCAAGCUCAGAGGUCAUCAAAGAUGCCAACUUGUAUAUCAGCGGGCUCCCGAGGACCAUGACCCAGAAGGACGUGGAGGACAUGUUCUCUCGAUUUGGGCGAAUCAUCAACUCCAGGGUCCUUGUGGAUCAGACCACAGGUUUGUCCAGAGGGGUUGCAUUUAUCCGGUUUGACAAACGAUCGGAAGCAGAAGAGGCAAUUACCAGCUUCAAUGGUCAUAAACCCCCAGGUUCCUCUGAGCCAAUCACAGUGAAGUUCGCAGCCAAUCCCAACCAGAACAAAAAUAUGGCUCUCCUCUCGCAGCUGUAUCACUCACCUGCAAGGCGGUUCGGAGGCCCUGUGCACCACCAGGCGCAGAGAUUCAGGUUCUCCCCUAUGGGUGUAGAUCACAUGAGUGGGAUUUCGGGUGUCAAUGUCCCCGGCAAUGCUUCUUCAGGCUGGUGCAUCUUCAUCUAUAACCUUGGGCAAGACGCUGAUGAAGGGAUCCUCUGGCAGAUGUUUGGCCCCUUCGGUGCAGUCACCAAUGUGAAAGUGAUUCGAGAUUUCAACACCAACAAGUGCAAAGGGUUUGGUUUUGUGACCAUGACAAACUAUGAAGAAGCUGCAAUGGCCAUAGCAAGUCUGAAUGGCUACCGCCUGGGGGACAAAAUUUUACAGGUUUCCUUCAAAACCAACAAGUCUCACAAAUAACUCGCUCAUGCUUUUUUUGUACGGAAUAGAUAAUUAAGAGUGAAGAAGUUGAAACUUUUUUGUUAGCGUACAGCUCAUUUUGCGCCAAUUUUCACAAGUGUUUGUCUUAGUCUAAAUGAGAAGUGAAAAGGUUUUUAUACUCUGGGAUGCAACUGACAUGUUCAAAUGUUUGAAAUCCCACAAUGUUAGACCAACUUAAGUUUCUUAAGUUAUUUCCUUUAAAACAUAUAUUAAACCGAAACCUAAAGUAGACUGCAUUGACUAAAGUCCCUCUGGAUGGUGGUGGAACUAAAAGCAUGCUUUAGCCUCUGAGACUGUCUAACGCACAUUUCAUUUGAUGACUCCACAAACUGGAUUUUAAAACAUGAUCUUUUUAGUUUUAGUUUUUAAUCUAAAGAUGUUAGACAGAUGCCAAGUGUGCAUUUUCUCAACUGCUUCACCAUUUUAAGCAAUUUGUGCUUUGGUUGACAGAAAAUUACUCCCCUUCCCCCCCAAGCAGGUCCACUGCCUCGUUCUGUUCACUCAGUCCUACCUCUGCCAAGUAGUGACAGAGGCCAUCCUGUGUGAGCCAUCAUCAGGGAGGGGAGUUACACACUGGGUUGGGAUGGGCCUUCCAGAGGAGACGAAGGUGUUUUGUAAGCCCAGGCACCAAUGGGAAUGGACCAAAGAGUUUCAGGGAAGCUCCAGUAUAUUCCAGAGUCAGACCUGAGCUCCAGGCACACCUGAAGAUGUGUUACUACUCUGACAUCCCAAGUUCCUGUCCACACAAUGCAUGCAUGGUGCCCCACACAUUGAAUACUGUUGUAUACAAUUCCUCCAGUUCCAAGAGCAUUUAACAUAGUGUGAAUGCAUAAGAUAGAUCUAUUUUUUAAUAACACAUAAACAUUUGAGCAUUGUAUUUCUCGCAUCCCUCCUUGUGAGCACUAGACAUUUUUCUAUCUUAGUCAGAUUUUGUUUUGGAACUUUGCUUUCAUAUGGACACUCAGCAGAAAAGUACUUACUUCUUGCUAGUUAUCUAUUAACAAAAACUCUUUAAUUUGUAGUUUUAAAGAUUAACCCUCAAAGUUCUCUUCAUAGCUACCUUGACAUUUGGGGUUGUUCUGUUCUGUUAAUUUUCUUUUGCUUUUUUGUGUUUUUUGUUUGUUUUUACUUUUGCAUUUAAGACCAUUAAAUUUGAUUUUGUUUUGCUCAAGUUUUGUUUUGUUUUUUGUUUUACCUUUUCUUUCUUUUUGGCUAGGGAAGUCAUAGACAGCCCAGCAUUCAGGAAGGAAUCAUAAGACCUUAAACAAACACUUGCCUCAGAGAAGAAACAUUUCUGAAUCCGUGGCGUAGGAGCACAUAGUCAUGAAGCAGUGGUUCUUAACUCAGGAGCUAGUAGAAAGGGUCAGAGGAAAGGCCUUCAGAGGGGACAAGGCCAGAUCUGUAGCAGUUCAAGAAUGUAGUCUGUUUUUUAUAAGUAGUAUAUAAAGAGAAUCAAAACCAGGAUAACUCACUCACUGGCAGCUCUUAACUUUGACACAAGACUGAAAUAGUUAAGAACAAACUUGUUUUUAGUUCUUGAUGUUAUGGAACGACAACAUUUACUUAUCUAGCUAUUUAUUUAUUUAUUCAUUUAUCUAGCUAUUUAUUUAAGUGGAAAAUUGAGCGAUAAGCACAGCUGUCUCCAAAACAGGUCAGUGUCUUGAAGUUCUUCCUUGGACAGUUUGAGGCUGCCUGUCCCCCACACCCUUCCCCUAGACUUCCUGGAGGAGCUGUUUACAAUGAUCCCAAAUUGAGGUUGCCUCGCACAGCCAGGCUUUUUCUUGCUAAAAGGAGCCAAGUACUAUACAGGACCUUGCUCCUUCUAAACCCAGCUCCUUACUCAAAAGCCAGCCCUAGAGCUCUCCUGGAAUCUAGAACCAAGACCCAUUUUUCUGGAUCUGACAAAGGUCUCUGUUCAUUGCCCCAGAGCAUUCUUGGGACCAGAAUGUUUUCCUAGAAAGAUGGGCCCUUCUGGUUCCUUAGGUCAUCACUCCUGUGCAUUCCUGCAGCCUUAGUGAGUGUCCCAUCUCAGAAGGGGAUACUGUCUUACAUUUAAACUGAAGGGCACCAGGACUUCACAGCCAGCUCUCUAGCUGCCCCAUUCCCUCUGUGCACCUGUUUGCUCUGUAGUGAUUGUUCUGAUACUGGGAUAUGUGAGAGGGAAAUGGAGAAAUGAGCUUUUGGAAGUCACUGCAAGUUUCUCUCAGUUUAAUGAAAUUACGUUUUGUGUGGGUUCCACUGGUUGAACAGCUUUCUGUAUGAAAAUCCCAGUGCAUCUCGUGGGGAGCUUUCAUUUGCCAGUCUUUGAAAGGACUGGUUUUGAAAAUGGCACCUCUAAAAGAAAUUUUUACUUCAUCAAGGAUCUAGGUGCUGGGCCUGGACUUUGGGGUUCAUGACAGCUUAACAAGGCCUGCUCAGGAAGGAAGAUCCCAGAACCCUAAACCUGAGGCACAGAGGCUCCAAAAUUUCCACCACUAGCACUACAAAGAAAAAAAGUUAGAACCCCAAAUAAACUUUCUUAAAAAUUUUUACAUAAAUCUAUCACAUUUUUAUUCAGCAGAAUAAGUGUUUUUCUUUCAUUUGGGAAUUUGAUGGGUUUUUGGGGGUGGCGGGGGUUGAGGUAAGCUCUUGCUCAGACUGACUUGGAAUUCACUAUGUAGUCUCAGGGUGGCCUUGAACUCAUGGUGAUCCUCCUACCUCUGCCUCCUAAGCAAGCGGCUAGGAUUAAAGCCGUGCACCACCACACCCAGCCUGAUUUUAAAAAAAAAGAAGAAGAAGAAUAGGUAGAUCACUCAUAUCUGGUUCAGUACAGACCAGAGGCUUUGAGUGAAUUCUCUUGAUCUGUGUAAUUUUCUUUGGAGGUAGUUGUUGAGUACCUGCAUAUACUUAGCCCAAGUUCUUGUUUGGGUUAUCCAUUUUUCUACAUGGCUGUGCCCUGAUAAUGCUUUUCCAAGUAUUGUGCCAAGCCAUGCCACCUAAUUGCUGUGCUGGGAUUGUCUCCAACUUCGGCCACCAUCUUGCUUAGCUCUCUGAGAAUUAAGCUUCCCAGGCACCUGGUGCCAUGGUACUGGGUUGGUUCCACUUCCUGGCACAUGUGUCCCCCUCGCCAGGGGCAGCUGCUUUAGUCUUGUAGGAGUCUGCAUUUGCCGUUAGUUUGGGAACUACCAUGGCCAAUGCCUCUGAACUGGCAGUCAUGGAUGUCCCUACUGGAUCACAGAAGAUGGACCCCAAGACAUUCAGUGGCAAUUUUUUACCGACCCCUGUUUGCUUCUAUAAGAACUAUUUGUAAGGUAUUGAAAAGAUGGAAAUUAAUCCAGUAUUGGAUUUGAAAAUCAAAGUCGGACUGGACAGAUGGCACAGUGGUUAAAGGCACUUGCUUGCAAAGUCUGACGGCCCAGGUUCAAUUCCUCAGUACCCACGUAAAGCCAGAUGCACAAAGCAUCACAUGCAUCUGAAGUUGGCCAGAAACCCUAAUGUGCCCAUUCCCUCCCCUUCACUCUCCCUCCUCUUUUCCCCCUGCCUCCUGCUUGCAAAUAAAAAUAUUUUUUAAAAAAUCAAAGUUAACAUAAUUUAGCUGUUCCAUUUCACAGCCUGCUUUCAUUGCUGCAUUCUUGGUCAAGCCAGGUCUCCAUUAUUGAACAAAAGAAAGUAAGAGUUAAGCAGACAAGGGCCUCCGUACUCCAAUCUGAUCAUCUCCACCUUUCCUUUCCAUUCUCCCAGGACCCUUCUUAUCUACUGGGAUGUGAUAGCCCUUUAGACACCCCUGGGGUUCACAGUACUACAGAGUGUCUCCAAACUUCCCUAAAAUUGCAAUCACUUUCUGUUGAGUGACUGAUAAUUGACACAUUUCUUAGGGGGAGCGGUAGAAUGUGAAUCUUGAUCCCAGACAGGAACAUUUUAUACCCUGGCAUUCAAUGACUGUAUUAUGUCUUCUCUUAACCUUUUGCAGGUAGUGUUCGGUUUUGGUCAUGAAAGUAAAUUUUUUAUUUAUUUUACUUUUUUUUUUUUUUUAACUUGUAAGUGACCAACCACAAGUAUGGAUGUUAGGCUAAUGGAGACUUUGAGAAGACUUGUGUUUUCUGUCCCAUCCCCCAAGAGAAGGCUUGUCCAUUGGUUGGGACUGCCAUUUUCCACACGCUGUUUUCCUAUCAGUGGUUUGCACUGGGGGAGGGAGGGCUUUGCCAGCCGAUGCCCAUGUUGUAUAGUAGAUGGCUAGACAUUUUGUAUAUUAGUGUGUUUUAAGUUAUUGAUUUGUUUUAUAUGAAAUAAUUUAUUUUUCAGGUACCUUUUUUUUAUUUUAACUUUGUUUUUAAACAUAGGUUUGUUUUCAAUAAAGUCUGACACUGCUGUCCAAAAGCCAAAAACAAAGUGGAUCCCAUUGUGUUCUUUGCAGGAUGUUAAUGUAACUUAGCUUUUAAAAUAUUUCUAGAAAAAGGAAGGGUUAAGGGACAAAAGCCCUUAUCAGUUCUCUAUCUCCCUAUUGCCUUUUUCUUUAAAUCCUUGUGAAUAAAUGUUCUUCAGUGUCUUAGGAGGAACAAAUAGAUUUUGAUAAUCCAGAAGAUUCCAGAUUAAUAAAUGAAUCUUUGAAAGAAGACCAUUUUUCAAUUUUUUAGUGAAGUGUGAAUAUUUUUUGUCAAUGGCUUUCUCAAAGAGAAUGAAACUUUUGCACCAUUUUCAGAGUUUUUAUAGAGAUGCCAAAUUGAUAUAUUUACAUGUAAUGGAAACAUGAAAACGUUUUAUUAAACAAUUGUUCAUAGCUGUGUAGACAUUUUAAUUCAGUUUCCAAAGCUCUCAAAAGCGUAUUCUUGAAGUACGGGGUGUUACUGAUGAUUCCAUAUGAGUCAGUUUGUCCAAAUACUUAGCUCUUUUAGCAGGUAUCAGGUUUGUGUUAAAACUGUUUGUACCAAUGACUGGAAUUCUGUGAUAUUUGGGUAAUAAAGGAAGUGGGAUUGUUGAGAUGUGA